CAGUUCACAGGUCGUCGCGCGAAAAGGAUUAACACCGUAUUUGACUAGGAUAAACUCAUAAGCUCGGAAUCAUCUCCAGCAUGGUGCAAGUGCCCCUGCAACGCUGCCAGUGCGUUUUGGCAGUACUGGUGCUGCUCUGGAGCGGUGGCUUGGCCCAGUUGCAGGUCCAGGCUCAAAGUGGGUACAACUAUGGGCGUCCCGAGGUGGCCAAUGUGGGCGGAGCCACCGCUGGAGGUCGCUUGAGUACUGGUCCUUAUCCCACGGCCGCAGCCAUUCCACUGACCCCAGCUCCGGCUCCCACUGCGUACGGGGCCGGAUUGUUUCCCUCGCCCGCCGUUGGAUUCACUCCCAGUGGUCAGGCAACCACUGCUUUUGGAGCUCCUGCCAUUGUGGGAGCCAGUAACACGGUCAGUCAGCCGAGGAGACCUUCACCUGGCGGAAUACCCACCCCAUCAUCCCGCAGUGGACCUUAUGGACCGCAAACUUCCCAGUACGGGAGUACUCCAGGGGGCUCUGCCAUUCGGGUUCCGAGUGGAACUGGAGACAGUGGUGACUACAACGAUUCCGAAGGCGACUACUCGGCCAUUCCGGGUGUGGCCGGAGUGGAUUAUCCCGUAUACGCCCAGGUGCCGCGCACCAACUUCGACUGUGCACAACAGCCCUUGCCCGGAUACUAUGCGGAUAUCGAGGCUCAAUGCCAGGUGUUUCACAUCUGUGCCCUCAACCGGACGUACUCCUUCCUAUGCCCCAACGGCACGGUUUUCAGCCAGGAGACACUGGUCUGCGUGUGGUGGAACCAAUAUGACUGCGUCUCGGCACCCAGCUUAUAUGCGAAUAAUGCGUAUAUCUACGACUACUCUGCCGGAAGUGGCUCCAAUCUGGGAACGUCCAAUGCGAACAAUCCGUAUCGUCCGGCCGCAGCUUCCACGACAGCAUUUGGAGCACCUGUUGCCACGGCCGGAACCCUUCGGACUACUGGAGUGCCACAAGUGGCAGGCUAUAAUUCCGGCCGAGGUUCCUAUUCUUCCGCCACGCCCACACCAGCCGGCCAGAGUCAGAGCCCGUAUGGCGCAGGAGCCGUUCUUCGUCCCGCCAUCGUCCCGAGUUCCGGAGUCAAUCGGUUGCCGCCGUCUGGAGCUGCCGUCGGACUUCUGGCCACCGCUGCAGGUGCUCUUCCCGAGAAUGUGGUAUCUGGCUUCGGCCAGCAGCCCCAAUCUCAGUUGGUGGGAGGCGGAAACCGAGAGUAUCUACCACCGGCCAGCGUUGGGCAACAAAGGCAACGCGGAGGCCCCACCGCAUAGUUAUCGAACACUGGCUAACUCCUGGCUCCUGUACCCGGCUAUUUGGCACUAGACUUAGCGACCCUAGACUU